UAUAAACAAAAUAACUUUGUCAUCAUGCUUAUAAUAGAAUAGAAAACAUAAUCAUUUUAUCAAAGGCGUAGAAAAUUUUAUUCCUAUAUAUUGACUUGAUAUUAUUUAUAAAAAGUUACCUCCAAUUGUUGAAUUAAUUAUGUCUAAAAAUCUAUAUUUUUCAAAAAAGAUUCAAAUGCUAGAUGAGAAGAUUAGUUCUUGCAUAAAUGAUAUAUCAGUGAUUUUUGGUGGCCUUGAAGAUCUUGAUAGGCAAUUAAAUACCAUAAGUACAGAUGAAAUAUAUACAGAAGAACUAUGUGAUAUGCUUCAAAAAUUGGUCAUACACUUAUCACAGUCACCUGGAAUAGCUGAAUUAAUCUUGCCUCACCUCGGAGAAAUACAAAAGCAAAAUAAUAUCAGUUUGCUGAAAACAACAACUGUAGAUAAUGUAGAGAAAACAUGCUCAUCUGUAAAUAGUUUAUAUGAUAAAAUAAAUGUAAUGUGGGAAAGAAUAUGUUAUUAUUUAGAGAAAUACUCUGUAUCUUUUGUCCUGGAUAAUUAUGUGCCUUUAGCAUCAUUACACAGCCAUUUCAAUCUCUGUUUACUAAAAAAUCAUGUAAUCAAUUUGCAGCAUAUGUUUGUUCCAAAAUUAGUCUGGGAAAGAUAUAAAGAUUACCGUUUCCAUUACUUUGAAAGUUACAGUUGUCUUUGCCCUGUGUCUGGAUCUUGUUUUGGUUGUUGCUUGAGACUUUGCAUCCAGUGCUUGUAUGAAGAUGAAUUUUUAACUUAUAUUGGAUGUUUCCAUCCUUUUAUAGUUACUCAAUCAAAUAUAUUGGAAAUUUAUAUUGAUGUGAUCAAUAAAAAGUUUCAUAGGCUUUUAAAUUUACUUGAUGAGUGCAUGGGUAAAAAGAAAGAUUUCACUGAAGAAAUAAUCUCCAUUUUACAUACAUCUCAUUUAUCUCAUGAUAAGCAUGCUAAAACUUGUUUUGAUUGCUUUAUGCAAAACAAAAUAGAUUCAGAAAUUGAAGCUGCACUUUACUGUGUUCAGAGCAAUUAUGGUACUGAGAGUGUUUGGAAAUCAGUUUUUGUUAGCUCUGUUAUCAAAGUUAUAGAAGCAAUUUUGAUCUUUGAAGAUAAAAUAAAUAUCCUAUUUCACAAAAAAGAAACUAUGUAUCAUGCUCAUAUGGAUGAAAUUUCUGUUUUGCUGGAAGGAUCAAAGCUGAUUCUAGCAACUGAUAGUCCAGAGCAAUCUCCAUUUUCCAGACCACAAAGUAAGAAAAUCUUCGAAAAACAUGUAUCUUUGAUGGAGGGUGAAAAGAUCUUUUUUCUGUGGAAUUGGAGACAGAAUAUAGUUGAAAAAGGGUAUUUGAGCUAUCUCCAGAGAUCAUUACAAAAUGAUGUGGAAACUAUUGUGAAAGUGCAUAUUGAAAAGGAAAAAACAAUUUUAAAGCAUCAACAAUGGAGAGAUCUUCUAAUCUCUGACAAAACAAUACAGUAUGAAUCAGAAUCUGUGAAGACUGCAACUUUACUUCAAAGUACUUUCAAUACCAUAAAGACUUUGGAGAAAUAUUUACCUGUACUACAUACAUCUUGUGAUUCAUUUCUUUCCUUUAAAUCAUCUUUUUACCAUACACUGGAAUCUUAUGUUAUUAAUCUUGUACAGCAUUUGAAGGAAAUAGCAGGGUACACAGAUAACACUUGCAUAAUUUUUUAUGAAUAUAUUUCUAUAAACAAUGCUGUGUUCCUAAAGGAUAAGCUUCAUGGCUAUUGUGAAAUUUUAAAAGGAUCAGUCUGUGAAUCACAGAACAAUAUAUGCCAUUUUCUGGACCAAUUAACCGAUGAAUUAAUAGAAUCAGCAGUUCUUCGUCACUUCAAAUAUGUUUCAUGCAGCAUUUUAUUUGAUGCUGACAGCUACAAUUUUAUUGAUUCUAAACCAUUUUUUGAGGGUGAGCGUAUUUCUUACAGCAUACAGAUGUGGAAUUUAUACAUGGAAGGACUUAUUCAUGACAUAAACUUUUUUUUGCCUCAAAAUUGUGCUCAGAAAUUGUAUGUGAAGGUUUUAAGUUCCUCCCUGGAAAACUUUCUUAUGCGAUACUCCUCAGCCACUCCAAGUGAAUUUCGAACACCACAAGUAAUGUGUGAUCUCUAUGUGCUUCUGUUAUGUUCAAGUGAACUUCUAUGGCCAGCAUGCACUUCUGCUUUUGAGUAUAUGGGAAGAAAGCAAGAAAUGGUUGAAAAUGCAAUCACUUCCUGCAUCAAUAAAAUUCACAGCUCCUGUUGCUUCCUACUUACAGUUCUAGUUGUCUUAAGUGCUCCCAUUAAUGAGCUUUUUAAAAUCUUCAAAAAUGGUUUCCCUCAGCCUCGACUUUCUCUUCGCACAAAAUAUGAAUCUGUGUCUCCCUGGUUACCAUGGAUACGACGUGAAAUGUUUUCAGAAUUCUAUCAGAGACAGAUUGUAUCAAAUGUAUCUGUUUGGCUUUCGGUUAAAGCUUGUACAGCAUGGAAUUUACCAAAUCCAUCUGCAGUUAUUCAUGCAUUUACGGAUCACAACUGUACUUUAUCCAUCUUAUUGAUGAUGCAGGCUGCAUGUCCCUCCCUCGCACUCCAUAAAGAUUCGCAUACUCUGAAUGAAGCUGCAAAAGUUAAAUUGGCCUUUUCUUUAUUAAAAUUACUAAUUUGCUAUGAUAAUCACAUUCAUCUACAAGAUAUUCUACUUCCAGUAAUAGAAAAGACUAAUGGUUGGCAAGAAUUUGAUUCAACCUCUAUUAACAAGCCAUUAUAUGAGAGGUCAUGGUGGUAUAAAGGUCUUGUGAAAACUUUGCGUCCAUAUUUGGUAGGAGUUCUUGAAGAAGUAAUUCCAUUUUGGUUGGACAUUUCAAAAAAGUGCAAUGAUCCAACAACUAUAAAAUCUUUCAAUACCUUGAAGAGCAGCUUAAAGAACCAUGUUAUUUGUGUUUGUGAUAAAGAUCCACUAAAUUCCAUGCAAGAUGAAUUUGAACCUACAGAUGAAAUAAUUUCAUUUGUAUGUUUACGAAAAUUUUUAGAAAGUAUGCAUAGAAAUAUCAUUUUACUGCCAGAAGCUUUGAAAUUAUUCUUUUUGACUCUUGAUUUGCAUAUCUCAAAUUAUGUACCUGAGAUACAUUUAGUACAUCAAUCAUUACCUUUGCAGAUUCUGAUUUCAUCUGCUAUUGAUUUUCUUCGAAAUGAAAAAUUUAUUAGCAGUAUAAUGGACAACAUUAGAAAAAUGGCUAUAUUAACAACAAAUGCCUUGGAAACGCUGUUUUGUGAAAAGGAUUUUUUAUUUCUCAAUGAGAAUUAUACAAAAUUAGUGACAAUGUUGUUAUCAUCAAUUCAUGCAAAUUUUAAAGAUUUAAGGAAAAAGUUAGAGAAGACUUCUGAAACUGUGCACAUACAAGACAUUAGAGAUGAAAUUCUAGAAAUAACCGUUCACAAACUUUUACAAUCACCAGGAGGAAAUGACAUCAUUCUGUACUUACACCAGAUUCUGAAGCAAAAUGAAAAAUGGAUCCAGAAAAGCCUUGGUGUUCCUGGAAUGUUGUCUUCGGAUAUGGUAAAGAAUCCAUUAAGUCCCUCUCCUUUGUUAAAUGAAUAUUCUAAGAAUCAAGAGAUAGAAGAUAAGGAAAAAAAUGUUGUACCUCUUAAAGAAACAAAGCAGCACUCUCAAGUUUUUGCUGAUGCUAUACAUACUAGCAGUCAAGGUGCAUCCUGUAAUUCCGAACGAAAGCAAGAAACAAGAAAUUCACCGAGAAAUCUGUAUGUCUCAGAUUUUGAAGAAACUGUUACUGUCCUGAAUUUGGAAGUAACUGACAGCAUUCCUGUAUCAGAGUUUCAUUUCAACCCUUUAGAUUGUUUUGAUCAACUAGGAGAGAGUACAUUUAAACAGAUUGUGUCAGAAUUGCCACCACUGCACUGGGAAGCUAUUUUAAGUCAUCUGCCCAUUCUAGGAUUAACAGAAAUGAACUUUUGUACUAUUCUGUCACACAGAUGGGAUAUUUGCAACAAAGAGUUCUUAACACCUGAGGAGUCUGCGUAUGUGGAUGAGCUAAAAGCUAUAUACAAAAUAGCAUAGUUGUUUCUUCAUACAUUUAUAUUUAAACAAUAUAAAACAAUAUAUCAAGUAUUUGGUGCAAAAUUUCAAACAAAGUAAAAUUACAUCAAUAUAAAACAAUUAAUUAUAGCAAAUUACUUUUAUUUUUCUGUACAUAUUUUACAUUCUAAA